AUGUCUCGCCUGUACUCAGUAAUCCUCCUUGUGCUCCUCUUCGCCCGAGAAGCACAGCCGUUUCACGUCGCACAGCCUACCGUAUCCACUAAUUCCGACACCGACGCGACAAACGCCGGCGGCUCCGAAAUCUCCAACGUUCCCGUCAAGCUUGACACCUCGAUACCGCCUGUGCUUCAGACCGCAGACUACCCGCUCUGUCCUUUCAACCAACGCCCGCCAGCGCGAGCGAACGUGACAUUUUCGCGAUGCUUGGACACGGCGGAAUGGUCGUGCUGCGACGACUGCAUGGACAUGCUCGGGGCGCUGAAAGCCGUUAGCGCCGAUGAGUCGACGGUGCUCGAAUUUCUCCUUCCGUCGGUUCUUAAAACCGCGCGGGGAGCGGCAGUUCGAGUGAGUUCGCCGCGAUCGAUUAUUUGUGCGAAAGAAGGUUCGCAAUACCUGCUUCCCGCCCCGGACAGGCUGGCGAGCUCGGUUCCGGGCGGUUCAGUGCAGCACGCGUGGUCUGACGUGCAGGGCUCGGGUCCCGGUAGCGCUACCGAGGCUGCUACCGAGCGGAUACCGAGGCUACCGGUCUCUCUCGCUCUUCCCAUUGCCACUCUCUCUACUCCUACACCACCCACCCUGCCUCCUCCUCUCUCUUGCGCCAACCUCCUCUCUCUUGCACCAACCGCGCACGCAUGGCAGGUGCUGCUGCGGCUUUGGAGCAGAGUGCUGGGCGCACAGCCAGGGCAGCGCGUGCAGGCGGGCAGCAAGGAGCGUAGUGCUGCAGGGGGCGGGGCAGGGGAGCGGGGGAGGCGGGGCAGGGGAGCGGGGGAGGCGGGGCAAGGGAGCGGGGGAGGCUCGGCAGGGGAGCGGGGGAGGCGGGGCAUGGGAGCGGGGGAGGCGGGGCAGGGGAGCGGGGCAGGCGGCGCAGGGGAGCGCGCGAGGUGGGGGGGGGUUAGGGAGAGAGGGUGCAGGGAUCCUCCUAUCCCCCGUUCCAUCCUUAUACCUUGCUGCAGUUUUACCUCUUACCCUCCUCCCUUACUCCGUUCCUUCGUUCCCCCAGUCGUCCUCCUCUUCCUCUCUCUUCCUCCCUUCCUCCAUCUCUCCCACACUCUCAGCCUCACUACCCUCUUUCCCCUCUCUGUCGCCCGUCCUCCCUCCCUCCCUUCCUCCCGUUCUCCCUUCCUGCCAUUCUCACAUUUCUUUCAUCCUCCCUCGAUCCAGACCCCUUCCUCUUUCCAUCUCCCGCUCUCCUACUCUCUUCCUCACUCCAACCCUGUGUGUCAGUUUCACCCUUUUACCAUCCCCAUUGUACCCGGUCACACUCUUUCCUCCCUCCUUCGUCCCUCUCUUUAUCCCUCUUUCCCCCUUCACUUUCUCCCAUCCACCCUUCCUCUCAUCCCAAUGUCCUCUCAUCCGCCCUUUCUCUCAUCCGCCCGUCAUCCUCCCCUCCUCCGACCCAACAUCGUCUCCUCCUACUUCCCUUCCUUUAAUCAUCUAUUUCUCUCAUCCCAACCCUCUCUCUCCUCCCUCACCUCCUCUACUUCGUCACCACCUCUCCUCCCUCUUCGCCUCCCAUUCCACAUCUCCGCUGUGCAGAUUGUGGCAUCAGCACCCGGGUUUCAAGAGAGUUUCUGUCCCCUCUUGUUCCCAUCCCUCCAAUCAUUUGCUCCUCUUCACCCCAUCCCCUCCCUUCCCUCGAACGAGCGCGCUCAUUCCCCUCCCGUCACCCACUCACACACCCUCCCCUCGACCUACAAGUCGUUCUCCGCUUCCAUCGCAUACGCGUUCAUUUCCCCUUCCCUCAUCUCUGCAUUCCUCACCUCCCCUUCCCUCAUCUCCGCAUUCCUCACCAACCCUUCCCUCAUCUCCGCAUUCCUCAUCUCCCCUUCCCUCAUCUCCCCAUGCCAUCCUAUCUCCAACUCCUCCCCCUAUCCCUCCUCUCGCAAUCCCUCCACUUCCAAAGCCAUCAUUUUCUCAUUCCCUCCCCUCCCCGCCCCGUUCCUCCAUGUCUCCCAUCUGCCGUACCUCACCUCCAUCUCACCCACCCAACCUCCAUCCUUGUUAUCUCCCUGCCACCCUUUCUCCUCCCCACCCUCCUCCCCAGCCUCUCUUCAUCCCCUCCCUUCUGCUUCUCCCCCAAGCGUCCUUCCUACCUCCCUUCCUCCCAUCAUCACUUGCUGUCUUCCUUCAUUCCUGCAUUCCUCACUUCCUCCCUUCCUCCCUUCCUCAUUUGCCAGUUGUCAUUCUUUUGCAUGCUUGCUUCCCUUAUACUUCAGCCACGUCACAUCUGACUUCUUGGUUUGUGUUUGGACAGGUCUGCUCUGCAUCGGGUUGUGA